AUGGAUUCUGACCGAGAUAGUGAUGAUUGUGAAUAUGAAAUGAAUGAACAACGAACUAAUGAACGACGUAUUGAACUUCAAUUAGAUGAAUUUCUUAAUAAAUGGAAAAAAGAAAUUCAACAACGAACUGUCUAUGGGCAUGUUAUUAAUGAUAAACAAAAAGAACAAGAAGAACCUAUUAAUGUUGAAGAACAGGCAAAACAUUUUUUUCAACGUGCAUCUGAUUUGGAACGUGAAGGCAAAUUAUAUGAUGCUAUAAAAUAUUAUCGAGCAGCUAUGCAAUUAGUACCGGAUAUUGAAUUUCGUAUGGCUCGAAAAGGACAACAACAAAUAACAACAAUGGAUUUAAAUAAUCGACAAGAAGAUGCUGAUGAAGAUAAUAAUAUAGAUGAGGUGUCUGAACAAGAUGAUAGUCUUAUUGAUUCUUUACAACGUAUUCAUAUGGAUGAUAGUGAACUUUCAGCUAUAUGUGUUAAAAAUUUUCCUCAACAAGCCACACAUAUAUCAAGUCUUCCAUCGGAAGUAUUAAUUUAUAUAUUUCGUUGGGUCGUCUCAUCAGAUUUAGAUAUACGUUCAUUAGAACAAUGUGCACGUGUAUGUCGAGGUUUUUAUAUAUGUGCACGAGAUUCUCAAUUAUGGAAAAUGAUUUGUUUUAAAACAUGGGGUGUUAAUAUAGGGAAUUCGUCUACAAAUAUUAAUUGGCGUCAUAUGUUUAUUAAUAGACCACAUGUAGUUUUUAAUGGUGUGUAUAUUAGUCGAGCAACAUAUAUUCGUCAAGGUGAACAAUCUUUAGAUACAUUUUAUUCGCCAUGGCAUCUUGUUGAAUACUAUCGAUAUAUACGAUUUUUUCCUGAUGGUAUUGUUUUGGUAUAUACGAGUGCUGAUGAACCUCGUGCAACAGUUGCUCGUUUAAAAAGUCGAUAUUCAAUUCGUGAUUCUUCACUUAUUUAUGGAAAUUAUCGUUUACAAAAUAAUCGAGUAUUAAUUGUAGCAAAACGUACUACUCAACGAACUUCAACUAUGACUAGUACUCAACGACGUGGUGGUAAAGAUUUACAAACAUCUGAUAUUGAACAAACAAUGAAUAUGGAAUUUGAAAUGUGUGAUGCUGGAAAGAAAAAAUAUCAUCAACUUGUAUGGACACAUUAUGAAAUUAAAUUUACUAAUAAACGAACAGGUGAAGAACGUUCGACACUACUUGAUGUAGUCAAUGAUCGACAUGCAUAUCCAGCAUUAAUUUUUUCACGAGUGAAAAGUUAUGCUCUUGCAGCAGAACAACUACUCAAAUAA